AUGAUGCUAUAUAAACUUGUUGUACUUGGCGACGAUUGUACAGGCAAGACAGAACUUACGAUUCAGUUAUGUCUGAAUCAUUUUGCCGAGACUUAUGAUCCUAGAAUUGAAGAUUCAUAUAGAAAGCACGUUGUCAUUGAUGACGAACCAUGUGUUUUAGAGGUGUUGGAUCUGGCUGGACAGGAGAAAUUUUCCGCAUUACGUGAUCAAUGGAUUAGAGACGGUGAAGGUUUCCUUAUCGUCUACUCGAUUUCAUCGCGGUCCACCUUUGAGCGAAUAGGACGAUUUCGGAAUCAAAUAUGUCGAGUCAAAGAUACCGAUUCGGUCCCUAUUAUGCUCGUUGGAAACAAUUGUGAUAAGACGACUGAACGGGAGGUUUCACGGGAAGAAGGCAUGAAUAUGGCUCGACUUCUUGGAUGUGAAUUCAUCGAAUGUUCGUCAAGAACAUGUGUAAAUGUUCAUAGAGCAUUUUACACUGUUGUCAGAAUGAUUCAGGCUAAUCGUGAUGCUGGGAUUCCCAGAAAAAAGAAGAAACGAUGCUUAAUACUAUAA